AUGAGUGGUGGAUGGGCUACCACAAUGCGCAUGGAUCGUGUCACUUGACCUACCUGGUGAGAAAGACAAUUCCAAGUCAAGGAUUGCCGGGGCUCAAUUUUCCAACUCGUCUUCUACUGCCAACUCAGAAAAAGGUUACAGGUACUCCAGUUUCUUUGGGUAACUCCAAAUCUUGAAGAAAGUGGAAUGCUUAUUUAAGCUUACCCACCCAUCCAUCUUCACAGCAACUAUGGAGCUAUCUCACCUUCUGCCAUUUUUUAUGCUCAUCUUCAUUUCUUUCUUCAUGACUCUGCCUAUUAUGUGUGUAUCGCACUUGUCAUUACUCAACAACCUCACCGACCAACAAGCUUUGCUCUCCUUCAAAGACCAUGUUAUCUUUGAUCCCUAUAAUGUCUUGGGUGACUGGAACAACAACAUGAACUUCUGCAAUUGGACUGGUGUCUCUGCAACAAACGCAGGCAUAGAGUAACCUACUUGAACUUAGCAAACACUGGAUUGCAAGGCAUGCUCACCCCCCACAUAGGGAAUCUAUCAUUUUUGCAGGUUCUUAACUUGCUAAACAACAGCUUCCAUGGAAGCAUACCUCCGCAAAUCGGCCACUUGUAUCGCUUGCAAGCCCUUGUCAUUUCCCGAAACCAAUUGGAAGGAAGCAUCCCUAAAGAGAUGGGACUUCUGCCAAACAUAAAGGGUUUGUAUCUUGGAGGUAAUUCCCUUACGGGCACCAUCCCCCCUUCACUUGGAAAUCUUUCUACCUUGGAGGGUAUCCAACUAGCUACGAAUCUUCUAUAUGGAAACAUCCCUAUGGAAUUGGGUCUUCUACGAGAGCUAAAGCUUUUUGAUCUCUGUCAUAAUUCUCUUACAGGUACCAUCCCCCCAUCACUCGGAAAUAUUUCUACCUUGGAGGAAAUCUGGUUAUAUGAAAAUCUUAUACACGGUAGCAUACCUGAUGAGAUUGGACUUUUAAGUGGUAUAACCAUCCUAAAUUUCCACGCUAACAACUUCACUGGACCUAUUCCUUCUUCACUAUUCAAUAUGUCCUCUUUGAUAUAUUUAGUCCUCUAUUCGAAUGAUUUCUCUGGCUCGCUUCCUACAAACAUGGGUUCUAUGUUGCCUAAUCUUGAAGAACUUUACCUUUGGAGCAACCAACUGAGUGGGCAAAUCCCAUCUUCUUUAUAUAAUGCUUCAAAGCUCACUGUACUUGAGCUACAGAAAAACCAAUUCAAUGGACCGGUGCCCACAUCACUUGGACAUCUAACAGCCCUCAAAGUACUCAAACUCAAUAGCAACCAUUUAGAGAACGGGCCUGUAAGUCCUAACCUCAGUUUCAUUGAUUCUUUAACCAAUUGCACAUUCUUGGAAUAUCUACAACUAGGCGAUAAUCUAUUUGCAGGAUUUUUGCCGGACUCCAUAGGAAACCUCUCAAACAAUCUUAAAACCUUUACCCUUAAUGGCUGUCAUAUCAAGGGAAGCAUUCCAGCGAGCAUUGGGAACCUCCAAAAUUUAACAGGUUUGGAUUUAAGUGGCAACUCCAUUAGUGGAAGGCUCCCAUCAGAGAUAAGUAGAUUGCAUAAGAUUGGAGCUUUGCUAUUGUACGGGAACAAGUUGGAAGGAUCCAUCCCCACAGAGUUUGGUCAGUUGCAGAGUUUGCUCUACUUGUACCUCAACGAUAACAUGCUUUCUGGUUCAAUGCCUUCUUCCAUUAAUAACCUCACCAAAAUCUGUGACUUAAACCUGGGCAACAACAAAUUAUCUGGGGAGCUACCUACUGGAAUAUGGAGCGAAGCAUUGCUCGAGGUAGAUUUAUCCCGAAACUACUUCUCGAGUCUUUUGCCCCAAUUGAUGGGACAUUCAAUUAUGUUGACCCAAGUUAACUUUUCUGAUAAUCAUUUAUUUGGAAAUUUACCUAAUAGCAUGGGAAACCUCCAGUAUCUUGAAACCCUUGACCUUUCUCUUAACUCAUUUCAAGGGACAAUCCCUACAACAUUUGGAGAUAUGAUAAGCUUGAAGUACGUGGAUAUCUCUUCCAAUAAAUUGUCUGGCGAGAUCCCAGAAUCAUUGUGUUCAGUUCCAAAUCUUUUCUUCUUAAACCUUUCUUUCAAUGGGUUAGAAGGGCCAAUUCCAAGCAAAGGAGUAUUUACAAAUAUUACAGCUGAUUCUUUUAGUGGCAACCCACGACUAUGUGGACCCCCAAAGCUAAGAGUGCCGGCAUGCCCGAUCAAUACUACAACACCAAGGUCAAGGUCAAGGUCAUGGUCAUGGAUGAAAUCAUUGGCAUUUGAAAUCCCUCUUGCGAUCAUAUGUGCCUUUGUCUUUAGCCUAUUAUGUGUUUAUCUUGUUUUCUUUAGGAGGCACGAGCUGAGUGUUUUAAGUGAUGGCGUAUCACAAAUGAAGGGUCCAGGGUGGAUAUCUUAUUAUGAGCUUCGUCGGGCAACCGAUAACUUCAACCGGUCAACCUUGCUUGGAGUUGGUAGCUUUGGUUCUGUAUACAAAGGAUUCCUAUCAGAUGGUUCACCGGCUGCAAUCAAAGUUCUGAAUUUGCAAAGAGAAGGUGCCACAAAGAGUUUUCAUGCAGAAUGCAGAGUGAUGCAAAAUAUACGCCACCGAAACCUGGUAAAGAUUAUUACCGUAUGUUCCAAUUUGGACUUCAAAGCUCUAGUUUUGCAAUUUAUGGCCAAUGGCAAUCUAGAGAGAUGGUUGUACCCUCAAGAUGGAGCCCAUUGUCGACUGAGUCUUCUCCAAAGAUUGGACAUUGUGAUAGAUGUAGCACAGGCCUUGGAAUACCUCCAUCACAGUUAUUCAGUACCAAUUAUUCAUCGCGAUUUGAAACCAAGUAACAUCCUCCUAAAUGAAGACAUGACUGCACAUGUUGGAGAUUUUGGACUCGCAAGGCUGAUUGGGGACCAAAACAUUGCUAGCCAAACGAGCACCAUUGGGACGAUUGGGUAUAUAGCUCCAGAAUAUGGUACGGGGAGCAAUAUAACAACCAGUGGAGAUGUCUAUAGCUUUGGGGUGGUAUUAUUUGAGAUUUUUACAAGGAAGAGGCCCACUGAUCCUAUGUUCUCUAAUGGUUUGAGCUUGUCAAAAUGGGUGGAUCAAGAACACUCGGAUGGAAUACUAGAAGUUGUGCAUGGGGAUCUCUUGUUGGAGAAUGAUAGCCACAACAAUGGUAGCAACUCAAAACUACAGUAUUCAAGUUCAACGUUUAAAUGCUUGUCAUCAGUUAUGCAAAUAGGUUUGUCAUGCACAAAGGAACGACCAAAUGAGAGGAUCGACAUGAGGGAUGCAGUCUUAAAAUUGAAGGACACAAGAUCAGAGUACAUGGCAAUUGUGCGGGCCUGAUUAUUGACAUAUUCAAAUUCUUCUUAUUCUUUUUACUUGUUUUUGUUUUUUUAUUUUUAUUUUUAAAGUGGUUGUGCCCUGGGAAGUUUGUGAUGCAGGACCAUCUAUUUAUAUAGCUUAGCAUUUGGUUGAAUCCAAUUUUAAUAUUGUAACUUACAGUAAUUUGUGAAGCUGAAGUUUUUUCCGAA